AAGAGGAAGAGGAAGGAGGAGGCAUUUUGCUGGCAGCAUCACACUCUCACAGGCGGGCUGCUCGCUCGGUCGCGGGGCUGCAGGACUUCUUUAGCGGCAAGGAGGCUUCCCAAAGGCGGACGUCAUGCACAUGUUGUGGAUAUGGACGCUGAUGGCGGCUCGUCUGCAGGUGCUGGUCCUGGGCCAGGACAAUCAGGGCGGGCCGCCAUGCGUGAGGGGCUUCUCGCGGGAGGAAUACGUCAUGGAGACUCAGCGAGAGCUGGCAGAGGGACAGGCCGUCGUCAACGUGAGCUUCCGGGACUGCGGCCGGAAGGUGUGGCUCGACGGCGACGACGCGUCCGGUCUCCACCCCAGCCAGGCGGGCGUGGUCUACACGCUGCGUCACGUGGAGGCGGGAGAGACGGUCACGGCCAUCUACGCCCGAGACCUGUGGACCAAGCAGACCUGGAAGGCCCGAGUGCGCCUCGUGGUCCAUGCAGACCUGAAGGGACCUGGACAGGUGAAGCCCGGUGAUGCAACACUGACUCAGCGGGCACCAGAGAUCUUGUUUCCAUGGCGCAGCGUGGUUGUCGGGGGCAAUGGCGGGCUGAGGCGAGUGAAGAGGGACUGGGUCAUUCCGCCCAUCAACGUCCCUGAGAACUCGCGCGGACAGUUCCCCGAGGACCUAGUCAGAAUCCGGUCGGACCGGGACAAGAACUGGAUGCUGCGUUACAGCGUGACGGGGCCCGGCGCCGACCAGCCACCGACCGGCAUCUUCAUCAUCGACUCCAUCUCCGGUCAGCUGUCCGUCACCAAGCCUCUGGACAGGGAACACAUCCCCAACUUCCACUUGCGCGCCCACGCCGUGGACCUGAACGGCAACCAGGUGGAAACCCCCGUGGAAAUCCACAUCAACGUCAUCGACCAGAACGACAACAGGCCCGAGUUCACGCACACCAUCUUCAACGGCUCGGUGCCCGAGGGAUCCAAGCCAGGGACCUUCGUGAUGACGGUCACGUCCGUGGACAAGGACGACCCCAAGACGGCCAACGGGAUGCUGCGAUACAAGAUCCUGUCUCAGAGUCCCCAGAGUCCGUCGUCCAACAUGUUCACCAUCAACAACAAGACUGGUGACAUCAUCACUGUGGCAGCAGGCCUGGACCGGGAGAAAGUGUCCCAGUACACGCUGAUCAUCCAGGCCACCGACAUGGAGGGCAACCCCACCUACGGUCUGUCCAACACCGCCACCACCCUCAUCAGGAUCACCGACGUCAACGACAACGCCCCCGAGUUCACCACCGACACGUUCUUCGGCGAGGUCCACGAGAACCUGGUGAACGUGAUCGUGACCAACCUGACGGUGACGGACAAGGACCAGCCGCACUCCUCGGCCUGGAACGCCGUCUACCGCAUCGUGAACGGAGACCCCAGCGGGCGCUUCUCCAUCCCUACAGACCCCACCACCAACGAGGGUCUGCUCACGGUGGUCAAGCCCAUCGACUUUGAGGUGACGCGCUCCUUCGUGCUGAUGGUGGAGGCAGAGAACGAGGCCCCGCUGGCACGUGGCAUCCAUCAGCCACGCCAGUCCACAGCCACAGUCUCCAUCCGCAUCCUGGACCUCAACGAGAGUCCGGAGUUCAGCCCCAAUCCCAAACCCAUCAAGCUGGACGAGGGCCUGCCCGCCGGCUCCUUGCUGACCAGCUUCAUCGCGCAGGACCCGGACCGCUUCAUGAGGCAGACCAUCAGGUACUCCAAGCUGUACGACCCCGCCAACUGGCUGGAGAUCGACUCGGUCAACGGUCGGAUCUCCACCAUCGCCGUCCUGGACCGCGAGUCCCCGUACGUCAAGAACAACCUCUACAACAUCACCUUCAUGGCCUCCGACAACGGUGUGCCGCCGGCCAGCGGGACGGGCACCCUGCAGAUGUACCUGCUGGACAUCAACGACAACGCGCCGCACGUCUUCCCGCCGGAGGUGGAGAUGUGCGAGAAGCCCGACCCCAGCGGCGUCAACGUCACCGCCACCGACCCCGACCUGAGCCCCAACGCCGGACCCUUCGCCUUCGAGCUGCCCGCCCGCCCCUCGGACGUGCGGCGCAACUGGACGCUCGCUCGCCUCAGCGGCGAGCGGGCCCAGCUCCGCCUGCGCACCGGCUCCCUCGCCAACGGCAUCUACGAGGUCCCCAUCACCAUCACCGACUCUGGCAACCUGCCCAUGUCCAACACGUCCUACCUGCGCAUCAAGGUGUGCCAGUGCGAUCACCAUGGCGACUGCGUGGACAUGCAGCGCAUCAUGGCCGCCGGCCUGGGAAUGGGCGCCAUCAUCGGCAUCCUUAUCUGUAUCAUCAUACUGCUAGUGCUGGUGCUGCUGUUUGGCGUGUGGAUGAAGAGGCGGGACAAAGAGCGUCAGGCCAAGCAGCUCCUCAUCGACCCCGAGGACGACGUGAGGGACAACAUCCUCAAGUACGACGAGGAGGGCGGCGGGGAGGAAGACCAGGACUACGACCUGAGCCAGCUGCAGCAGCCGGACUCUCUGGAGCCCGAGUGUGUGAAGGUGGGCAUCAGACGCCUGGACGAGAGGCCCCUGCACCAUGACCACCAGUACCCCCUGCGCUCUGCGGCCCCCCACCCGGGAGACAUCGGGGACUUCAUCCACGAGGGCCUGAAGGCGGCAGACAACGACCCCACGGCGCCACCUUACGACUCCCUGCUGGUGUUCGACUACGAGGGCAGCGGCUCCACGGCCGGCUCGCUCAGCAGCCUGCACUCGUCCUCCAGCUGCGGCGACCAGGACUACGACUACCUCGGCGACUGGGGGCCGCGCUUCCGUAAGCUGGCCGACCUGUACGGCGGUGGCGACGACUAGCGCUCCGGCUGGCGGCUGGCGUUUUCAGCGGUGGGGUGAUUUUUUUGGUUUAUUUCUUUUGGGGCGAAGACAGCAGCACUUCUUCUGUUUCAGCGCCAGAAACGGCUUCUAAAGACUCGCUGAGCGCCCGGGAGCUAUCAUGGCGGCGAGGGCGAGCUUAGCGGCGUGAUGGAGGACGCUCACUUACACUUGAAUCUCACAGGACACCAACACUGAGGUCAAAUGUGCCUUUAUGUACAUUGUUAUGUACAUUGUUGGCUCCUCUUUCUCUCUUGCUUUCACGCUCCCAGCAAGCCCAGGGCCAUCAUAGCGUGUGUGUGUGUGUGUGUGUGUGUGUGUGUGUGUGUGUGUGUGUGUGUGUGUGUGUGUG